UGAGUGGGAUAUUUUCAGAGACAAUUCACUUCACAAUAUUCAAGACAAAUCAGACUUUAUUGGACAACAUCCCCAAAUUCGUAUUCAAAUAAGUAGUACUCCGUAGAAGUUUUUGGUGUUUAUUUUGAUUCUCACAGAGCAUUUCACUAUGGCCAGGCCAUCGUGGCUGGUUGACCCGAACAGAAUUGCUACUAAAAUUAGGAGUGCGUCUGGUGCAGUUGAUCCACAAGAAAUCCAGUGGAAAAGCAACCCAACUAAAAGUUGCCCAAAUUGCAGUCAUGUCAUUGACAACAGUGAUGCUCCUCAUGCAUGGCCGGGAUUGCCUCGUGGUGUGAAAUUUGAUCCUACCGAUCAAGAGAUUAUCUGGCAUUUACUUGCAAAGGCUGGUAUUCAGGAUUUCAACCCUCAUCCCUUUAUUGAUGAAUUCGUUCCGACUGUUGAAGAAGAAGACGGCAUUUGUUAUGCCCAUCCUCAAAAUUUGCCUGGUGUAAAGCAGGACGGAAGCGUGUCACACUUUUUCCACAGAGCAAUCAAAGCAUAUAGUACUGGGACAAGAAAGCGUAGAAAGAUCCAUGGCGACAAUUCUGGUGAUGUUCGUUGGCACAAGACUGGCCGCACGAAACCUGUGCUACUCGACGGUGUACAGAAAGGAUGUAAGAAGAUUAUGGUUUUGUACAUAAGCCCAGCGAGAGGAGGCAAGGCUGAGAAGACUAAUUGGGUGAUGCAUCAGUAUCACCUGGGUACUGAGGAAGACGAGAAGGAAGGCGAAUACGUGAUCUCCAAAAUAUUUUAUCAGCAGCAGCAACAAACCAAACAGAUCGAGAGGGGUGAAGAAGAUGUUCCCGAAGCAGCCAUUCACUUGACGACUCCUAAGGUGGAUCCGGUCACCCCAAAGUCUGUGACUCCCGAGCCUCGUCCAGAGACGAGACUCUCCAAUCACGAGGCGUUGCAAGAUUCCACUGUUCCCCUCACCAUUGAGAAUGAUGAAAAUAUUAUGGAAGACGCGAUUGAAACUCCCCUUGGGAAAGCCGAUGAUCAACAUCACGAAGAUGUGGAGAAUGAUGCUGAUAAAGCGAUGGCAGACAACAAUGACGGAGAUGAUGCUGAAGGGAACAAAUGGUGGGAAAAUGAGUCGCAGUAUUUGCUGAGUUCACAGCAGCUUGUGGAAGGGCUAUCCCUUUGCGACGAGUUUCUGCAAAGCCAGUCUCCAGGCAGGGAUGCCAAUGGAGAUGGUCAAGGACAGAAGAAAGGUAAAGCUCUACUAGGCGAAUACGCUCAUUUAGGACCAGAGGACUUGAAGAGGGACUUGGAGGAGUGCCAGAAUAUGGCUACCGAUGCAGAAAACAUUGAACUCACCCCUUCCGAUUUUCGCUUGAGCCAACUCUUAAACGACACCCCUCCAGAUUUUCGCUUGAGCCAACUCGAGUUUGAGUCUCAAGACAGCUUUGUUGCGUGGGGCGAGAACUUCCGAGGAGGGAAGGUGAUCGACUAGUUCCAACGAAGGGUUUUUUUUUUGUUAAGCUUGGGCAUGUUUUUGAGUGAAGUGAGCAAACAACACUUCCUUUUGCUGCUGGUAUUUUGCUUAAACAAAUCUAUCCGUUUUGAAGUUUCAUGUAUUCACAAAUCACUAUGUCUUGCUCAGCCAGUAUAUCCUGCCCUGCUUGUAUAGUUUAUGAAAUCGUUUUUGCAUUCAGAAAUCUUGCAAUUUGCUGUAAAAGUUUGUGUGUGUUUA